AUGGGAAAAACGCAAAUAUGGGAAAAACGCAAAUAUGGGGAAAACGCAAAUAUGGGGAAAACGCAAAUAUGGGGAAAACGCAAAUAUGGGGAAAACGCAAAUAUGGGGAAAACGCAAAUAUGGGGAAAACGCAAAUAUAUGGAAAACGCAAAUAUGGGGAAAACGCAAAUAUGGGGAAAACGCAAAUAUGGGGAAAACGCAAAUAUGGGGAAAACGCAAAUAUGGGGAAAACGCAAAUAUGGGGAAAACGCAAAUAUGGGGAAAACGCAAAUAUGGGGAAAACGCAAAUAUGGGGAAAACGCAAAUAUGGGGAAAACGCAAAUAUGGGGAAAACGCAAAUAUGGGGAAAACGCAAAUAUGGGGAAAACGCAAAUAUGGGGAAAACGCAAAUAUGGGGAAAACGCAAAUAUGGGGAAAACGCAAAUAUGGGGUAAACGCAAAUAUGGGGAAAACGCAAAUAUGGGGAAAACGCAAAUAUGGGGAAAACGCAAAUAUGGGGAAAACGCAAAUAUGGGGAAAACGCAAAUAUGGGGAAAACGCAAAUAUGGGGAAAACGCAAAUAUGGGGAAAACGCAAAUAUGGGGAAAACGCAAAUAUGGGGAAAACGCAAAUAUGGGGAAAACGCAAAUAUGGGGAAAACGCAAAUAUGGGAAAAAAAGAAAUAUGGGAAAAACGCAAACAUGGGAAAAUCGCAAAUAUGGGAAAAACGCCAAGAUGGGAAAAACGCAAAAAUGGGAAAAACGCAAAUAUGGGAAAAACGCAAAUAUGGGAAAAACGCAAACAUGGGAAAAACGCAAAUAUGGGAAAAACGCAAAUAUGGGAAAAACGCAAAUAUGGGAAAAACGCAAAUAUGGGAAAAACGCAAAUAUGGGAAAAACGCAAAUAUGGGAAAAACGCAAAUAUGGGAAAAACGCAAAUAUGGGAAAAACGCAAAUAUGGGAAAAACACAAAAAUGGGAGAAGAUAA